CGGUCAUCCCACAGGACGUGUGCAGCUUCUUUCGCGUGGUCCACCUUCUCUCCGGGCCACGUGUUUUCCUGUCUGUUCCUCGGUGGCUUAUAGUUAGAGACCGGAAAAAUUCGCGGUUUCGAUGACCUUCAGGAUAGACUACACAGUCCUCAGUACACAACUAGUUUGCUUGUGAUACGAUACUUCUUUGGUUGAGCAUUUCCCAUUGGCCCAGAGUCGUCCAGAUGAACAUUGAACCAAUAACAAAAGCAGCUUUUAAGGUAUAUGUAUUUUAAUUUUAGCGUAUCGCGAAAUGAAUCCGCGAAUUUUUCCGGUCUCUAAUGAUGACACAGUUCAGCUUCCUGCCGGAUUGCAGGUGAUUGGGUCAUUUGACUUCUGCGAUGUUGUUAUUGAUCUCUUUUUCUUGGGGAGCGGGUUUCCACUGAGGACGCAGUUCACGUUUAUGAGGUUAUUCACACAAGUCUCUAGUGAUAUUAUAAAAUUCAAUUAAUUAAAACUUUGUGCGUCUUCUGCUACUGGUUCGCUGUCAGUCUGGCGGAAACUUGGCCAAUUAGAAACACUAAACCAAAUAAGUAUCGAAUAACAAGUUACCCAGUUGAGACGCCUCGCGAGUCAGGAGGUGACUUUGCUCGAGUAUACAGAAUAUUCAAUGCUGUUGGAAGUCAUCGAACCCGCGAAUUUUCCCCUUCUCUACACUUAACCCAUGAUUAGGGGCAUGCACAUUUCGCGAAAAGAUUCAGAGACGAGCUGAAAUUUAAAACAAUUUAGCAUCGUCUUGUGUUUAUUGAUUGAGUGAGUUUCUUUCACGUCCAUGUUGAUUGUUACAAACACCAAUCUCAGUAAUUCAGCGCGGAAUAAAAUGCGUCCUGUAUGGCCCGGUCAAGUAAGGCAACGACUUCUCUCGCAGACGGCCGCUGAUCACAAGAAGGAAACCGCUGGUGCGGGUGUACCUUGUUGCAGUCCAGUAGUCGUUCAGAUUUAUUCGUGAAAAAUGCCUGCCCCUACCCAUGAUCCUAAUACUCGCGACACCCAAGUGAACAAUAAUUUGCAUUAUAGGCUGUCGCUCGCCAGAUAAUAACGUGAAUUCUCAGGUCUCUACGUAUUAUUACGAGUAUACGACUCUAAAAGAUACUUACUUCCGGUGAAUAAAUUUAUCUUGCCUCUACCUAUUCGUAAGAAGACAAUGAAAUUUCACAUGCAAAGAACUGGUGGCUAGACUUGUUGGUUUUUUUUUUCUCUGACCUUGAAUUUGCUUAUUGUCUGCUAUCUUUGAGAGACGUUUUGGAUUCAGGUGACCUGGAUAUUUUUAUACCGUUCAGUUGAUGUUGGUUUGUUAUUGUAUUAGUUAAUUGUGUCCCAGUUGAAGACGGCGCGGAAAAAUAUAAUUAUUUAAGUUAAACAUGUCGUUAAAUGAAUUCACGAAACUUUCCAGUCUCAAAUCUGUUUGUUUAAGGAAAAGUAAAAAUUUAUAGAAGUUCUGCCAUAUUUGCUGGUUAAAUUUCCUUUCAGUCUGUAGGAUGAGAGCUCCGACAUGGACGAUACAACCCAGGGAAACUGGGCAAAUGAUAACCACGGCCUGCAGUGGGAAGCAUUCCAGCAUGUCUGGAGUAACCUGGAAGGAAACAGCUCAGAACGCUCCCGUGUACGAACCCGAGUCUAAUAUUCCAUUAUUACUUCACUCCGCUUCUGGACGAGUCUUCACGCCGCGUGGUUCUGCUCAAGAAGUAAGCAGCAUGCCAUGAUCUGUGGUUUUAGAAGAGCGGCUAAAUGGUAAGUGGCAGCUCGGCGCGGCGCAGGACGCCUCUCGCAGACCUGGCCGACGCCCUGAGGCGUCACCUGUGCUGGACGCCCGCCAGGGGACGCCCCCCUCCAGCCGUCCUCCCCUCAGGCCCGUGAGUUUCUGUGCUUCGCCCCAGCAUGUUGGCUGCUCAGUUGUGUAGGAGGAAGGAACUCGGUGAACAUAGUAAGGUGUUCUUCGUUUUCGCUCCGGUCGAUGGGCGAGCUGAACCAAUGGAGCCGGCCGUGCUAACCGCGGGCUGCGCCCCCGAGGGGGACGACGAGGCCGAAGCCGCCCCCGCCGCCGCCAAUGGGGCGCGCCGCCGCCACCCGGAGGACGACAGGAUCCGCGAGUACCUGCAGCGCAGCGACACCGCCGUCAUCUUCCCGGAGGAGCCGCAGUCCGUCCCGAAGGCGGGUCCCGACGACUUCUUCAUCAAGUGCCCGCAAUGCCAGAAGGGCUACCCCGGCUUCCAGGCGCUCAAGGAGCACCUGGAGACCAGCCACCACCACCAGGCGCCGGGCGACGCCGCGCCGCCGCCUCUCCCGCCGCCGCCCGGCUCGCCGUCGCCGCAGCCCACCCCCGGCGGCGGCCACUCCUGCCCCCAGUGCGGCUCAUCGUUCCUCAGCAAGGAGCUGCUCGAGAAGCACGAGGCCAUGCACUCGCCCAACGCGCAGGUGUCGUGCAAGGUGUGCAACAAGACCUUCGCCAAUGUGUACCGCCUGCAGCGCCACAUGAUCAGCCACGACGAGAGUGCCGUGCUGCGCAAGUUCAAGUGCCCUGAGUGCGAGAAGGCCUUCAAGUUCAAACAUCACCUCAAGGAACACAUCCGCAUACAUAGCGGAGAAAAGCCAUUUGAAUGUGCUAAUUGUGGAAAGCGCUUUUCGCAUUCCGGAUCGUAUUCUAGCCACAUGACCUCCAAGAAAUGCCUCGUUAUGAAUCUCAAGGUCGGUCGUGGUGGUCGCAGCUCCAUGUUGGACAAAUGUUCCUCCGGACAGCAGCGUGGUCCUGGCGCCAGGAAGAGAGGGGAAGUGAUGAUGCCCAUAGGGAACAACAAUAACAACAACAACAACAUAAACAGCAUCAACAUAAACAACAACAACAACGCCUCCUUCCCGCCCAUCCUGCCCAAGUACGGGGAGUUCCUGCUGCGCGGGUACCACCCUCCCCCGGCGCCCAGCCUCAACCCUUUUUUCAUGGCGGCCGCGCCCACAAUGCACCAGGGCUCUCCGUACAAGCUGCAGACGCUGAACCACCUGCUGGAGCACCUCUCUGCCACGUCGCCCCCGCAGCACCAGGCCCUGCCCCCCUCCCCGCCGGGCCACGACAGAGAGGAGGAGGACGAAGAGGUGAAUGUGGAGCAGGACGAGGACGAGGACAAGGACAGGGAGUCCCCCGGCAAGGACCUGGAGGCCGUCAAGAGGAUCCUGGAGACGGUGAACGCCACCGUCACCAAGCAGUUCCUCGAGGCCAACAUGCAGAAGCUGUCCUCGCCGUGUCCCAGCACCGUCAGCACGGCCUCGCCGCGCCACUACGCCGACCACGCCGCGCACAAGUCCGUGUCGUCUCCCUGCCCCAGCCUGACCAGUGCUUCUUCGCCGGCCGGCAACACCGCCCCCAAAACCUCGUCGCCCUGUCCUUCGUCGCCGCUCGACAACUCCACGAGAAGCGACGCUUUUUCAUGCGGGCAGUGCGGGAAGAAAUUGGAGAGCUCCGUGGAACUGGACCAUCACGAGCGGUAUUCGUGCGACGGCAAGAGCGAGGGACUGGCCGCGAAACUCGAGGAGGCGGUGACCGUGAAGACGGAGGAGCUGUCCAUAAACGGAGCCUGCAGCGGCAGCGACGGCGUGACGGAAGACGAAGGGGAGUCCGUCACGACGACGGACCAGGUGUCCGAGGACGGACGCAAGGUGAGAGUGCGGUCGCUCAUAGCGGACGAGCACUUGAUCGUGUUGAAGGAACACUACGCCGCGAACCCCCGCCCCAAGAAGGACGAGUUGUUACGGAUCGCGGACAAGAUCGGCUUCUCGGUUCGGGUGGUGCAAGUGUGGUUCCAGAACACCCGCGCGAGGGACAGACGCGAGGGAAAGCUGGUCCACGUGCCGUACGCCCCUCUCCUGACCAUGCCGCUACCUUGCGAGCAGCCGCUGGACCUGUCCACGAAGAAGUUCUCCCGGCAUUCUGCGACGUCCAGCCCGGCCAGCUCGCCCACGGCACACUCCGACUCCGGGGAGGAAGCCAUCAACUUGUCCCGCAAGCCGCCGUCUCUGCUCCCCUACCAGCAUUCCUCGUGUUCCUCCUCCCCGUCCCCCCUCUCCUACGACGGCAUCAGCAACGGAGCGAGCAACGGCAGUCGGCUGGCUCGGAUCCUGGCGCAGCCUUCGCACCGCUUGCUGAACGGCGCGGUGAGCCUCAUCUCCAUGGACCGCCUCAUGUACCCUCCACGCUCGCCCCUGCCCAUCUCCAUGUUCGGGCUGGCUGGGAUGGAGAACGGGCGUGCUUGCAGCUCCAGCCCAAACUCCGACAGACGCUCGUGGAAACAGGGCUACGUGGACGGAGGCGACACUGACGAGGCGGACGACUCCCGAGCCUUGUCGCUGGACACCGACCACGCGGGCGGCGAGGAAGACGGCCUGUUGCCCCUCAAGCGACACAAGAUGCCCCUCGGCGCUUGCGCGACCAAGGGCUCGCCCCCGCCGCCAGCGGACGGAGCAGACCCCGAGGGUCAGUUCAUCUGCGAUCAGUGCGACAAGGCCUUCUCAAAACAGAGCUCGCUCGCUCGUCACAGAUACGAGCACUCGGGGCAGCGGCCGCACAAGUGCGACGUGUGCUCCAAGGCCUUCAAGCACAAGCACCACUUGACGGAGCACAAGCGCCUGCACAGCGGCGAGAAGCCGUUCCAGUGCACCAAGUGUCUUAAACGUUUCUCGCAUUCCGGCUCCUUCAGCCAGCACAUGAACCACCGCUACUCGUACUGCAAGCCGUACAGAGAGUAGCCUCCCAGCAGCUUCCCCUCUCUCGCAGGGGCCCACUGACGAGCUUGCCGGGGGUUCCCCACCAGCACGACUGGAACUGUGCUUAGUUUCGUGCAGUUCAUUUGGAAACGUUAUGCGACACCACUUAAACUUAUGUCCCUUCUGGUUUCAAGUCUCUUUCUGAAAGCGUUUUCUUAGAAGGAGGUCUGGUAUGUACGUGUUUCUCUUACCGUGUGUUUCUUUGUUAAAUCAGAUAAGAAAAGUUCAGUGUGAUAUAUGUAUUUUUUCACUUGGUAACAAAGCCCGUGGUCAUGUGAUGUUACCACCCAUUGUCUCUGUAUGGCUGAAAUGUUCGGUGAAAGAAAGUCAUUACAACAUACUAUAGAACUACCAUUUUUUGGGUGGCUAAAUAGAACUUUGUUCAACAGUUGGUAUACCAGUAAUUUUCAUUUUAACAUUAACUGUAAAUUCAGUAUUAAAGAAAGUUUAGGAAGCUUUUAUAACAGUCAAAAGUUGUAUUGGGUGUACUCGUAAUGUUAAUGGUAAUUCGAUUUCAUUUCAACCAGGUAAAAAAUUUUCUGAUAUUAAUUCUUUAAAGGCUUUGUUUAUUUUUUUAAUUAUCUACAAAGUAAUAAAACAAUAAAAAAAUUCAAUGCUUUUAAAACAUUAUUUACAUAUAUGUAUGAACACCAGACUUAAACAUAAGUUAGAUAAUUUUUUUCUCAGCUAAACCUUUCUAUCUCUGUUAUCUACAGGAAACAAGCCAUCAUACCUGCUCCUUGUAAGAUUACACAUGUCAUGUUGUUAACCAUAUGUAAACACAUGAUUGUGAUUUAUGCAGUGGUUUGCACUUCAGUUAUGACUUAUGAAUAAUUUGCAAAUUUGUGCCAGUAAUAGGUCCUCUCUUGCUGUAGAUGUAGUUAGUAUCAUUUCCCAGCGGUGUGCUCUCAUAUGAAUGAUGGAUUACUUCGCACACAAUGAUUCACCAACCACAUCACUAGUCACGCAACAUGUAUUUAGUUGCUAGUCGUCUCACUACAAAUUUAUUUGUGUAUUUACGAUGGUUAGUGUGGCUCUUGAUUCAUACAUCAUACCUGCUGCAGUUGCAUGUGUUCUGUCUUUCUGUUUGGGUAUGUGCUGGUAAACACUUCAACUGAAACCUGAUAUUUACUACAUGCCCACUCUUACACGUUUACAUAAUGCAACCAAGUCUAUGGGUGGAAUUUUCUUGAUUGUUUGUGAACUUGGUUAGCUUGGACAAGUAUUUUCAUAACUGCAUUUGUUCAAAUUCAUUUUUAUGUGUAGAUGUAGAUAACUGUUCACAACUGGUUCACAUUCAUGCCUUACUCUUGACUUAAAUUAUGUGCAGCGCUUGUGUUUCACAUUACAUUCUAUCAGUGGUAACACAAAGAUUUUUACAGUAAGUAGGUACUACUGUUAAGCUGGUGUGUUCCUUCUUUGACUAUGAUGAUAACAAAAUUGCUAGUCCAUGAAAAUGGGAAUUUCUUGACUACAGUUUCUAACAAACUUUUCAAUAUAUUUUAAAAGUUUGCAUAACAGUCUCAAAUGCCACUUUAUACGGCACGUAAAACAAACACAACACUAAUUUUCUUUGCUACACUUGUAUUUAGUCAAACACUAACAAGAGUUUUUGUAUUAUGUUUCACAUCCAUGUGUAAAGAACUACAUGAAAAAUUGUAGUUCGUUUAGUUUAAUGUAGUAAUAUUAAUAGUUGGAGGAACUUUAUUAAAUGUUAACACUUUUAAUGAAUGCUUUUUUAUAACGUACACUCAAAAAAAUUUCAAGAAAUUCUCAUCCAUAGAACUUUUGUAUCAAAAUUAAUAGAAUACUUGUAUAUUUAUAUUACUAACAUUUCUAGCUUUUAAAUGAAGUAAUAACUUUUUGAUCCCUUAUAACUAGUUGUAGAAACAAAAUUUUUUCCCUAUAAUUCUAACUGUUCUUGUAUAAUUGUUCAUAAAAAUCUUCUAACUUUAUUCACUACCUCUACAGAAUUACCUUUUAUCAAUGUUUAUCGAGUUAACUUUUUAAACAAUAUUAUAACCUUAAAAGCAAAUUUUGAACCUUCUCCUCUGUAACUGUAUUAUUCUGUAUUAUCCUUCAAGGGCCAAGUAGUUCAGAACGAACGUGAUAUGUUUGUGUGAUCCGAGAAGGAAGAGAGUGUGAUUGAUGGGACAAGUCCGCUCCUGCAUAGCCAUUUUCUUUUAUGUUACGGACUUCAAAUACCUACUGCGAGGUAGUUCCGAGUUCUAGUUGGCAUGUUUUAUACGAGCAGUACAACUUGAAAAGUCCGCACAUUAGCUGCAGAACUUAAGUAUAGAAUAGUAUUAUUGGGAAUGUGUAAAUAAAUAUGUAUUACGUGUAAGAAGUUGGUACCUGUAACUCAAUACUCCCACAUUUCUUUCAUCACACAGUUAUCUUCAAUUGUAACUUUACACAGGCAAAGUAAAAGAGGAAUGAAUUUUCUUUCUCAUCAGUGAAUGUAAAAAUAAAAAAUGUUAGUGAUUAAAGAUUUUAUUAGAUUCCGGAAAAAAUAGGCCUGCAAACAAUAACUCAUUUUGUGACAUGGUUUUGAUUAAGUCAGCGAAUUACAUUACAUGUAACUUGAUGUAAAAAAUCAAUGGUCUUCCACCGCUCUUGCUAAAUGCAAAUGUGCAGCAAGAAAUUAAAAUGUGGUUUUCUUAUUUUAUGGUUAAAAUAUGUACGUAUUGAUACCCAAAUGUCAAAUAAAUUAUUUUGCAUGCAUAGUAAAUUACAGUGUUAGAAACUGCAUGUAGUAUUUAAAUUUACACACAUACCCAAAUAUUCUUAGGCAAAAACGUUUUUACCUUUAUGGAUUAUUUACGAGAAAAAAAAAUUGUUCAAACAGCAUUCAUUGUAUGACCAUUGUGCUCACAAACAAUACAGGAAUGAUCUGGCUGCACAUUUGGCAAAGCUUUGAGCAUGUGUAUGUGACAAUACUUAUAAAUAGUAUUCCUUAUAGAAUUCUCCAUUUUUACUUCAUCAGUGUUACUCAUAUUACCAGAUUACCAACCUCAGGUUCUUGUAUCAGUAAAUUAAAGAACCCUACACAAAUAAUUCUAAUUUAAAUAUAUUAAUAAAUUUUGAGCUAUUUUGGCAUUUCAAAUGGUAGUUUUCUAAAAAAUUACAGCUCUGCAUAUACAAAACUAAAUUUUUUAAUUUUGCCUUCCAAGUGUUAAUGAUUUACACAGAGCUAGGUAAAUGUCAGUGUUAUAAUGUGUCUCCAAAAGUCUAAAGUACAACUGAUUAGUUUAAAAUUAAUAAGUAAACCUACUAUAUAACAAUACAAAUUGCUCGGAUAUCUCAAUAAAUGAUUUUCUUACAGUUAUGUUUGUAGUGAGUAAUCUGAUAGUAAAACUACCUUAAACCAUAAAAAUCUUACCUAUCCCAGAAUUAUUGAUGAGUGAGUCAGUGAGUGGUGUUUUCCGCUUCAUACAAACUUCCACCCUUUUUCAUGCCUUUAGGGAUAACGUUUCAAUAAAUUCCUUCUUAGUGCACCCCUUCGGGACUCUAAGAAUAUUUCCUCCAACUUUAAUGCUUCUAGACCCACUAGUUUAAGCUGUCAAUCAGUGUUAGAGUUUUAUUAAGUAGAUACAACAAAUGUUUUUAAUUGCACUUCAAUUUCAGGGCAAUUAAAUUUACAUAGAUAAUGCUUUCAGAUAAAUUUUGAAUUUUUAUUUCAAGUUGUAAUAAAUUUAAGUACUCCGUCCUUAAUACAUACUUGUUUUGCCAGUUGCUUCUGGCAUUUAUAAUGACCCCUAGACUUCACAUUCACAGCAGUGAACUAAGUGUAAAACAUGUGAUUGUAUUAAAAUCUUUCAAGGUAUCAGAGAAUAAAUACAUUAUCAUGUUUUUCUUUUUGCCAAUAUGUUACAGAAUGGUAUCAAAUGAACUCUGUGAUUGUUUGAAGACACAAAUUUUUUUUAUGACUUAGUAGGCAUAUCUUAAGUUUAUAAUUUUAGCUUAAAUAAUAUCACUCAGUAAUUACUGUUAUUUACCCAGCUCUGUUUAUAGUGCAAUAAUUUUAUUUAUAUUAAAAAAAAUAAAUUAAAUUUUGAACAUUUUAUGUUUAAUCUGUAACUAUACUAUCCAAUAGUUUAUUAAUUAUUAACUUAUUUUAUCCACACAAUCUUAAAUAAAAAUAAUCUCUUUGCAUGUUCUGUGAAAAAAAAAUCUAUUUAAAAUAACAUGUACAAAUUGAAGUUUAUGUUCUGUGUCUGAUGUUCACUUUUAGAUUUUUCCAUAAAAUUUACAAAUCAAGUAAAAAAUUUACCUAUACUAUUUAUGUGGGUAUUUUAAAAUAUGUUUUUUUUUUAAGUGACUAUCAUUAGGAGCAGAAAGAAAAGAAACUUUUGAAACAUUAUGAUUUAACUUUUAGAAACGAAUGAAGUGUCUUUACUGUUGAAUUUCCUCACCAUUCCACUGGCAUUGAGUGUGUGCUGAGCGGUGCCAAGACUCCCUAAACGACAAUAAUUGUAGUAUCUUUUUAUAUACAUAUAUAGACUAAAAUAUAUUAUAAUAUAUGGGUAUGUUCCAAUUCGAACAAAGGUCGCAACAUGUGUGUGUGAUAAUGAUAAAACAGAGAUUAUAAAGAUAUAAAUUAUAUAUAGAGAAAGUUAUUAUUGAAAUAUUUAAAAGAAUACUCUCCAAGUGUUUCUUUUAUGUACAUAGAGAAAGUGGUGUCGAUAUUAUAAAGUUUUAAGUAACAAGUCUUAUUGCCUAUUGGUUUCUUAAAAGUUGCCAAAUGCUUGGAUUUUGCCUGGUACACAGGAAAAAUAACUGUUUAAUUUUGUAUGAAAUAUUCCACUUCUCUAAAUAAGAAUUUUUUUUCAAUGUUCAUGUAUUAUGCUUUCGCUGUCUUCAUGCAUAAUCGUCUUAUGUAUUUGGCAACUUAACUGUAAAGAAUUAUUGUCUGUCCUUAAAUAAAAUAUAUUUUAUGCAAGGGGUCUCUUUUUUCAUGUGCAUGUGAGGGUUGUGAAGUUAUGAUUGUACGAAUGAUAUAAAAAAAUAGAUCUCUCUGAUGUUCAAAGUAUGACAUACAUACUUUGGUUUCUGGAAGUAAUAUUUUCAGUUAUUUAUUCACUUGAUAAGAUUCAUGGAAAUCAUUCUUCACGUGCUUGAAACAGCAAAAAAUGUAAUUUCUUCAGCAUUGAAAAAGUUUUACAUUUAGCAAAAUGAUCCGCCCCAUACUGAAGUACAUUCUUUGUAGCAAGUGAAUCUGAGUCAAAAUAAGAAAUCAUUAACAAUGAAAUUUAGUUUUUUAUAUUAUUAUUGAUAAAUAAGAUGUAUAAUUUUUUAUACAGAGAUGAUGUACAUUGUAUAUGUUCUUGAGGAUCAAAAACAACGAUAAUAUAGUAUGUUUUAUGUGUGUUAUACAUAAAAUUAAAUUUUUGUAUUUUUUAUGUUUUAAUUUGUAUGCUAUAUAUUUGUUCAUUGCAUUUCUUUGUGUGUAUUUAGUAAUUUUUCUUCGUUUUCAAAUAAGUGGACUCAUAUCCAUGUUUAUUUGCAUUCAAAGCUAGUUCUACCAAAGAGCUGUAUAAUAUAAUUUCUGGUUUAUUUCUUUUGUAACUAUCAGUUUUUUAUGGUAACUAUUGCAAUAUUUUGUUGUGCAAUAAUGUUAAUUUCACUGCUCUCUUUAUUUUUUAUGUAUGUAGUUUUAAGUUGAAUGUUAAUUAUUGUAACUUUAAUUAUUGUUUGUUUUUGUUACUACGAAUCACAACAGGUUUUAUAUAUAAAAAAGGGGGAUUUUUGUAAAAUUUGCUGUAGUUGUAUUAAAAAAAAAGAAUUCCCAAUUAUGAACAUAUUAUCUUAAGGAAAAUUAUAUAUGAAUAUAUAUAUUAUAAUGAAAUGUACUACAAUUUUGGGCAUGCAAAGCCUGAAAAUGUACCUUUUAAUUCAUUCUGUAUAAAUAAAUUUGUGAUCA